CCAACCACCCUCCCGCAGGGCACCAUCAACAUGAACCAGUGCACGGAUGUGGUGGACGGGGAGAGCCGGACAGGGCAGAAAUUCUCCUUGUGCAUCCUGACGCCGGAGAAGGAGCACUUCAUCCGGGCUGAGAACAAGGAGAUCAUCAGCGGGUGGCUGGAGAUGCUGAUAGUCUAUCCAAGGACGAACAAGCAGAAUCAGAAGAAGAAGAGGAAGGUAGAGCCCCCAACUCCCCAGGAGCCCGGUCCUGCUAAGAUGGCCGUGACCAGCAGCAGCAUCCCCAGUGCGGAGAAGGUCCCUGCCACCAAGUCCACGCUUUGGCAGGAAGAAAUGAGGGGCAAAGACCAAGCGGAUGGGGGCAGCGGCAUCAGCCCAGCACAGAGCCCGGUGCAAGGCCAGGCCGGGGCUGCCAGCUCCCUGAAGGAUCCCGUGCUGGACAGCAAGGAAGAUGAAAGCUCCAUGAAUGGAGACCGGAUAGACUGUGGGCGGAAGACGCGUGUCGAGAGCGGGUACUUUUCCUUAGAGAAGACCAAGCAAGACUCGAAGCUGGAGGAGCAGCAGCUGCCGCCCCCACCGAGCCCACCCAGCCCCAGCACCCCAAACAACAGCUUCUCUCUGAACUCCUUGGACUCGAAGAGCAGUUGCCCCAUGCACAAGGACUCCGGCAGCAGAGAUGUAGGAAGGGGACCUGAAAAAUCGGGGCGUCCCCUUUCUUUUAAAGCCAGCCGGCAGUACACCACCCUGGCCGACGUUCCCAAGGCCGUUAGGAUCAGUAAUCGUGAGGCCUUCCAGGUGGAGAGGAAGCGGCUAGAGCGGAGAACCCGGGCCCGUAGCCCUGGGAGAGAAGAAGUGGCCCGGCUCUUUGGCCAUGAGAGAAGGCGAUCCCAGGUAAUUGAAAAAUUUGAGGCAUUAGAUAUUGAGAACGCGGAGCACAUGGAAACGAAUGUGUCGGCCGGUGCUGCCCUUUCCAGUGAGACGCGGCAGGGCAGGAGUGAGAAGAGGGUUUUCCCGCGGAAAAGGGACUUCGCUUGCGAAGGUGCAGCGGUGGGCUCCAUCCUGGAUGUGUCUGCGUCUCCUCUGUCCCCGCAUCGCCGGGCAAAGUCCCUGGACAGAAGGUCCACCGAGUCCUCUAUGACGCCCGACCUGCUGAAUUUCAAAAAGGGCUGGUUGACAAAGCAGUACGAGGACGGGCAGUGGAAGAAGCACUGGUUUGUGCUGACCGACCAGAGCCUGAGAUACUACCGGGAUUCAGUGGCGGAGGAGGCAGCUGACCUGGAUGGAGAAAUCGAUUUAUCCACGUGCUACGAUGUUACUGAGUACCCGGUUCAGCGAAACUACGGCUUCCAGAUCCACACGAAGGAAGGGGAGUUCACCCUCUCUGCCAUGACGUCGGGCAUUCGCCGCAACUGGAUCCAGACCAUCAUGAAGCACGUUCGCCCCACCACGGCUCCCGAUGUAACAAGGAAUAUGAAAUACGUUCCUAUAUCAAGGCUCCUCUGGAUUCCCACCAGCUCUGCAGCCAAACUGACUUUGGUGGGACUGGUGGCGUCCUCCCCGCAAGCACGUGACUAUGGCCGCGUCGACCAGCGACAGUUCGGGGUCGCUGCCUUGGCCGCGGGCUGCUGCUGGGUCGUGGUCGCUGGCCCCGGGGCGGCUGCCGAGGAGGAGCGAG